CCGAGGAGGAGUUUUAGUUCAGCAAAGGAAGGGUGGCAAACGUGAGGAGGACCUUGACAAACAGCUCCAACGGACCGACGGCAGGCUGGACCGGACCGGACGGAGGAGCUGAGGAUGAGAUCGAAAAGGAAAAAGGAUUAUUCUAAUCUGGGAGAUUUUCCAGAAAGGUGAGAGGAGCCGCCAGUGUUUGUUUCAGCGAGGAUUGACUGUGGCUUGUGAAGGCCAGAAGCCCUCGGCUCUCUGGAAACCUGCCAUGUGACAUUUGGCUGCCUGCGCUCCGCCAGAAGGUCAGAGGGGGCCCCGGUGAUGCGCAUUUAAUGGAAAUGCAGAGGAGCAGCAACAACAGCAGCAUCCACCACCUCCACCACUCGUUCUUCAGCGAGUCUCUGGAUGGUGUCAGCGCGUUUGGCUGCGCUCAUCACCACCAAACACCGACGCACCAGCAAUCGGCGCAAGUGGAGACGUUUGAGCGCACGUUUCCCCGGAGGUCAAAGCAGCAAAACCCCAAGUCUAACAUGAGCAAAAAGAUUUUCCCCUGGAUGAAAGAGUCCAGACAGUCAAAUCAGAAACCCGGCAGGAGAACGGCAGACUGCACCGAGAAGUGUCCGAGCUCAAGCUCGGCCUCCAAGCGGACGCGCACCGCGUACACUAGCGCGCAACUGGUGGAGCUGGAGAAGGAGUUCCACUUCAGCCGCUACCUGUGCAGGCCUCGGCGGGUGGAGAUGGCCAGCCUGCUCAACCUCCACGAGAGGCAGAUCAAGAUUUGGUUCCAGAACCGCAGGAUGAAGCAGAAGAAGGACGAGAGGGUUCAGGGCCUCUCCAACACCAACACCAGCUCCUCCUGCUCGCCCCCGUCCUCCCCCUCCGCCCCGGGCAGCCCCACUCUGUCGAGCCUGGGUUAUGUUCAUCUGGGCGGGGAUUACCAGCCCGCCUCCCCUCCGCUCAAGUCCCACCAGCAGCAGCAGCAGCCCACGUACCCGGCAGAAUACCCCAAAUAUCCAGCUCCAGGCUUUACGCACGGCCCGCAGUUUGACGUGCAGUUCACCUCCUCACACACACCGAACCCAAACCAUCUGAGCGGCUCUUAUUUCUCUCAGAGCUGCAAUCCUCAGGACAGAAUCAUGCAGGCUCCAAAACUGACUCAUCUGUAGCAUCUGUGGGUCUGACUCCACAAAAGAAGACGCCUGAUCCAACUCGAUGCAUGCAUUGCUAUUUAUUAAUCUAUUUAUUUACUGGAGUAAUUCAUCUAAAUAUUAGUCUCCAGUUUUAUAUUUAUUUCAUCAUUUUGUGUGUUUAUUAUUGUGUUAACUUUUACGCACGGGCCUCCUCAGAAGUGCCACAAUCCAGCUUAAAUUUAAAUUAAAAUGCUCAUUGUUGUCAUAUAAGUUGCACAAAUAAAAAGGAAAUUCGCUGAGA